CUUUUGCGGGGGCAGGUAGGAUGACGGACACGGCAAAGGAGGCGUUUGCCUCGCGCAAUUACCGGCUGGCCGUUGAAAUGUACGAGAGGUGCAUGAAACAGCAGAGCCCGAGCUUCGAGGUGUUGUUCGGGUACGGGGAGUCGUUGGCGCGGUGCGGCCGGCUGCGCGAGUCCGUGGACGUGUACUCGCGUUGCUUGGCCCUGGGUGGUAACGUGCCGACCGACAAGCUCCGGCACCUGGUGAACGCGCUGCUCGAGGAGCUCGGGCUGUCGACGGCGAGCGACAGGAGACAGUCGUGGCGGGGUGGUGCGGAACUUGGGGCCUCGUUCGCCUGUCCGGAGUGCGAGGGCGCGCUGUACCAGCCGGUGAGCCUCGACUGCGGUCACACCUUUUGCCGGGCCUGUGUCCUCGAGGCGCCGAGUUGCAAGCUGUGCGGCCAGAGGCGCGAGGCCAGGCUAGAGACGAACGUUCUCGUGCAGAGGCUCGCGGAGAAGUGGUGGCCGGCAGAGACGGAGGCCAGCGGAGCGAGGCACGAGGCCGACGCUAUGCUCAAGAAGGGACACCUCGGCCAGGCCCUCGAGAGAUACGAUCUGGCGGUACAGCUCGGUGAGUAAACGAACUGAAGUUUUUCACACCAUCGCCGACCAAUCGCGCCGUAAGUAAACUUUCUGGUCGUUUCACGAUCGGCCCUAUACCAUUACGGAAUCACGCAAAGUUAAGCAACACCCCGCCAACUAUAGCCUGUAUCAUCGCUGUCGAUCCUAUUAAUAUCCGCGCUAUUCAUCAGGCGCUCCAGCGUUGUAUACUUGUGUCCUCUUUGCUGGAGUGGGAUAUGUUAAGUAAUAUUCGACAAGAGAAAAAUUUUUGGUGGCUGAAAUCGCGUUGUUUUGUGUAUCGAACAAAGUAGGCCCUCUUUCAAAACCUGCAACUAUCAUUCUUCGAUUAGGUCGCAAUUUGUCGGAAAAAAGAGCUCCGAUCGAUGCCCGAGUGACGAAGCAACGCUGCCAACGUUCUUUAGCGAGAAAGGGAAAAAAAAAAAAAAAAAAAGAGUCCCCCACACCCACCUCU